UCUGACUAGGCUAGCGUUAGUAUCCUGCGCCUUUUCGUCGAGACAACAUAGCUAGGAAACUGGUCAUAUUACAUUAGCAAGCUGUUGUUUGUAUUUUAAUAAAGAUGUCAACCACAACCGGUGGCGGAGAGUUUGGCAACCCCCUGCGGAAAUUUAAGCUCGUAUUUUUAGGCGAGCAAAGUGUGGGCAAGACAUCUCUUAUCACCCGGUUUAUGUAUGACAGCUUUGACAACACCUAUCAGGCAACAAUUGGCAUAGACUUUUUAUCGAAAACGAUGUACCUGGAAGAUCGUACGGUCCGGCUCCAGCUUUGGGACACUGCCGGACAGGAGCGUUUCCGUAGCCUCAUUCCCAGCUACAUCCGAGACUCCACCAUCGCUGUGGUGGUUUAUGACAUCACCAAUCUAAAUUCAUUCCAGCAAACAUCAAAAUGGAUUGAUGAUGUCAGGACAGAGAGAGGAGGGGAUGUCAUUAUAAUGCUUGUUGGAAACAAAACAGACUUGGCGGAUAAGAGGCAGAUCACCACGGAAGAGGGCGAGCAAAGAGCUAAGGAACUCAAUGUCAUGUUCAUUGAAACCAGCGCAAAGACUGGCUACAAUGUCAAACAGCUGUUUCGCCGUGUUGCCGCAGCCCUGCCUGGGAUGGAUAGUACCCCAGAGAAGAGCAAAGAGGACAUGAUCGAUAUCAAACUGGAGAAGCCACCAGAGAUGGCGGUGACUGAGAGCAGCUGUUCCUGUUAGUAAACACCCACUCCCUGCCCGACCGCCCUCCUCCCCAUCAACAGCUUGUAUCUCUGUGGCCACUCCCCGCCCAUGGCCCACUGCCAUCGGUUAGAGAACCUGUCCGCCCCCCCCCCCCCCCCGCCCCUUUCGACUCAGUGACUUUUCGGAGUAACCGUGUGGAUGUGCUUUUACUCUGUAUUUAAAACGGAUUAAAAACCUAAAGAUGUUAAAGGUAAAAACAAAAACAGAAAACCAAGUAAAACGGCUAAAAGCAGACUAAGUUAAGUGCUGAAUAUGAUCAGCUUUUCAUCCAACUGCAUGGCGUUAGGUAGGCCUGCCGACUGACACUGCUAACUGCUUGAGUUAUCAGUGCUGUCACACCUGUCAUCGUUGUUAAGUCAUAUUGUUUGGGAUUAAGUGGCCAUGAAAGCGAGGAGGUUUCAGUUCGGUUCUUUGCUUUCAUCUCCGGUGGGGAGUCUGGUGUGGGAGAGAGUCCUAGUUGUUAUAUGCACAGUGUCUAUUACUGAUUUCCAUUAUUUUGAUGUGCUUCGUUCCUAAAAGGAUUCCCCUGUCUCGAUGAACUGUCUUUCCUCUGAACCCUCCUCAUUUCCAGCUGGCUCAAACCGAAGCUGUUAUUUUAGGCCUAAUGGUUUAUGGGACCUCAUUUCAAGGCAUUAACAGCCAAAGAACUUGACAUUACUGUAGUUGAUAAACUAAAGCUUUCAGUGGUGACAGAUUGUUGGUGUCCCCAAGGGGAGGCUGCAGAAAGGCUUUCUAGUAAAUCCGUAAAGAAAACAAAAAUAAAUGUUUUCUUUUUUUUUUUUUUAUAAAAGGGGCAUUAUCCCUUAUUUUACUGGAAAUUACUAAUCUAUAUCUAUUAAUGUAACACAUAGUGCCCCUGUGCUACAGGAACAUAUCUGCAGUACUAACAAAUCCAAUGUGUCCAGGAGAAUAGGAGUUAAGGCCAUACGUGGGCCUAUGGAGUGAGCAGGUAUCAAAGUUUUAACACACUAAAUGGAAAGAUUUGGGCCCAUGCAAUAUCUCCCUACUCACCACUGAUAGAUGUCAUUGUCUCGUUUUAAUAUUAUUUUUUUUUGGCCGGAAGUAGUACACUCGAAUCAAGCCCGGGUGUUGCAGAGAUUGAGAGACCUACUGACCAGCGUUUUGCUUCUCCAGGAGAGGUGGUCCUCAGACGCGGCAAAUGCUUACUUAAACACUUGCUGUAAAAGGAAAAAAAAAGGAAAUAUAUAUAUAUAAUAAAUUAAACAAGUGCAGUGGAGUAUGUUAAAUGUAUCGCUAUUGCCCGUGUCGGACUGUUGGUUUUAUGUUUUUUAUUUAUUUUCUAAUUCAAGCAACUGAAAAUCGCAUUGUAUGCUUGACCAAAAUUACCGCGGGAGGUAAAUUUUUGUAUUUAUUAUUCGCGUCGCUCUGCUUGCACGCUGGAUUCCCGAGCAAAAGCCCGGCAUGGUUGUUCCGUCUCCUGUUGCCACGCCAACGCUGAUAGCUCUGCCUGCGGUGUGUGGUCAGUGGAUGCUUUGUAGUUACGAACAGGCUUCACUGCUCCCUCUACAUAGUGGACCACAGACCAGCCGACCGGCCACACCUAGUCCCCACCAACAUAACACAAUGUUUUUUUCCAUAGCUUGUUUGAAAAAUGUAAACGUUUAAAAAAAAAUGUAGAUAAGUACAUUGCAUCGAUCAACUGUCUUCACUGUCACUGACUGAAUAAUUAGUAGUAAUAAUUGGACUUAAAAUAUGUGGCACCCGGACGCUCUACAUAGUUAGGGAGGGAAACUCCCCUCAUCUACCGCCAGUGUAGUCCCCACCGGGCGAUGCACGGCAAAACCAAUUUACUCAGCUCAGUGCCAUUCUGAAGUGUGUUCUGUCCAUUUGAAAUAAUAUGUUGACUAGUGUUUAGCAACGUUUGUGUGAAUAACAAUGUACUAUUACUAUCUGCUGUGUAAAAAGGAGCGUUGAAGAACACCGAAGUGUAUCACAUGAAAUAAACAUAUUUCACCAAU